GUUACAGGAAGUUUUCUUUUUGCCUUUUCCUGAGUACAAUUUCUGCUUUUUCAGAGAGCGUGGAUUGCUGGAUUAGAAUAAAGAUGGACAGAUCAGAAAAGUUUUGAACAUCUCCAAAGAAACAGAAAGCAGUAUGUCAGAAAAUACAAGCUCUCUCAGAAACUUUUUUGUUUACAAGUGUCUGUUUGCAUUAACUUUUUGGAACCAUGUCAGCCUGUCUGUGGAAAACAAACUUCUUACACCUUCUAACAAUUUUCCUGAAGAUGGUUCUGACCAUAAUAUCAAGAGCCUGCCACUCCUAUAUACAAAUAGACCUCAGUCCAAAUCUAGUUCUGACUGGGUUGUGAUACAAAAUACUACAGAAAGCCUGUCAUUGUCAGAAAUCAGAGAUGGCAGUGUAAAAAAAUUGAUUGCUUUAUUAUCUAAUUUCAGACAAGGCUCCGGGUUACAAAAUCUGACACUGACAAAUGUGUCAGUGAACUGGAAUGAUCUUAUGGAAAUUUUUCAGAUUGUAUGGCACUCAUCCAUUGAAUACUUCAAUAUUAACAGGGCCACUCAACUGGGAGACAUCGAAAGCUAUGACUUUGACUAUUCAGGUACCUCUAUGAAGGCACUGACAGUGAAGAAAAUUCAUAUCACAGAUCUGUACUUCAUUCAGGAUGACUUAUACAGAAUAUUUGCAGACAUGAAUAUUGCAGACAUGACAAUAGCUGAAUCAGAGAUGAUACAUAUGCUUUGUCCUUCAUCUGUUAGUCCCUUUAGACACCUAAAUUUUUUAAAGAAUGAUUUAACAGAUUUUCUUUUUCAAACAUGUGACACCCUAAUUGAACUGGAGACAUUAAUCUUGCAAAGGAAUAAAUUUGAGAGCCUUCUCAAGGUAAGCUCCAUGACCAGCCGUAUGAAAUCACUGAAAUAUCUGGACAUGAGCAACAACUUGCUGCACCACGAUGGAGCUGACGUGCAAUGCCAGUGGGCCGCGUCUCUGACGGAGUUGGACCUGUCCUCCAAUCAGUUGUCAGAUGCCGUCUUUGAGUGCUUGCCAGUCAACAUCAAAAAACUCAACCUGCAAAACAAUCAGAUCAGCAGCGUCCCAAAGGGGAUGGCUGAUCUGAAAUCCUUGGAAGAGCUGAACCUGGCAUCGAACAGGCUGACUGACCUGCCGGGGUGCAGUGGCUUUACAUCCCUGCAGUUCCUGAACACAGAGAUGAAUUCCAUCCUCACGCCGUCUGCUGACUUCUUCCAGAGCUGCCCAAGGGUGAGGGAGCUACAAGCUGGGCACAACCCAUUCAAGUGUUCCUGUGAGCUGCAAGACUUCAUCCGUCUGGAGAGGCGGUCAGGGGGGAAGCUGUUUGGCUGGCCGUCGGCGUACGUGUGCGAGUACCCGGAAGGCUUGCGCGGCACGGAGCUGAAGGACUUCCACCUGAGCGAACUGGCCUGCAACACGACGCUGCUGCUGGUGACAGCCCUGCUGCUGACGCUGGUGCUGGUGGCUGUGGUGGCCUUCCUGUGCAUCUACCUGGAUGUGCCCUGGUACGUGCGGAUGACGUGGCAGUGGACGCAGACGAAGCGGAGAGCUUGGCACGAGCACCCCCGAGAGCAGGAGACCGUUCUGCAGUUUCACGCCUUCAUUUCCUACAGCGAGCGCGAUGCCUUGUGGGUGAAGAACGAGCUGAUCCCCAACCUGGAGAGGGGGGAGAGCCACGUGCAACUGUGCCAGCACGAGAGGAACUUUAUCCCCGGCAAGAGCAUUGUGGAGAACAUCAUUAACUGCAUUGAGAAGAGCUACAAGUCGAUCUUUGUGUUGUCUCCCAACUUUGUGCAGAGCGAGUGGUGUCACUAUGAGCUGUACUUUGCCCAUCACAAGUUAUUCAGUGAGAAUUCCAACAGCUUAAUCCUCAUUUUACUGGAGCCCAUCCCUCCGUACGUUAUCCCUGCCAGGUACCACAAGCUGAAGGCUCUCAUGGCAAAACGCACCUACCUGGAGUGGCCGAAGGAGAGGAGCAAGCACGCACUUUUCUGGGCUAACCUGAGGGCAGCUAUUAACAUUAACCUGCCCAUAGCCAUUGAUGCAAAUAAAGAGCAGAGUGAUGUUACACAUACUCAGUAGUAUAAGUAUGUGAAUAACUGAUUUGACUGUUUUGCAUUAAAUUCCGUUAAUAAUUUUUUCCUACUUUUUUACACCAUUCCUAGUUUGUUGUAAAAUGUAAUUGUGAUACAUGUAGAGAUUUGCUAUUGCUUAUUCUAGUUGUCAAACUAGUCAAAUGUCAUCUGUAGUUGCCCAUCAUCAACAAAGAGUGGGAGAGAGAAAUUUUCAUAGUGAUUGACCUUAUUUUUGGGUUGCAUAAAUUUUGCACUUUUCCCAUUGAAAGCUGUAUUUGAAAGUAAUGAUGAUAGUAGUUGGUUCAGUGUCAUCAUGACUGCCAAGGAAUGCUUUUAUUCUUUGUUCUGACGUGAAUGUUGUGGGGUUAAGAUUGUAAGUAUCUGCUUCCUUGGAUUUAAUUAAAUAGCAAAAAGAAGAAGAAAAUUCUUGUUGAAAACCCUUCCUGUACAUGGGUAUAGUAGAUGUCAUGGGUACAAUAUCCCUACACCUUUAGCCUGUUUCCCUUCCUAGAAAUCUUUCUCUUCAUCACAGGGAGAGUUUCCUAGGUAAAAUUUGGAUCCAUUAAUCUUUGUUUAAUAUUCUUCUUCCUUUGCUGUACUAAACAUUCUCACUUGCCCAAAGAAAACUAUCGAGUCAUGAUUUCAUAGAACUCACUAUUCAUUGCCUUCAAAAUCAUAGUAAAUAUCAGAACUUAUGAUUUUUUUAUAAUAUUGUAAUAUUGCUGCUUUCUGAUAUGAUCAUAUCAAGCUGUACUGGGUUACGUAUUUUUCCUGUUCUCUAAAAUUUAGAAGCUUGAUGUUUGAAGGUGAUCCCCCUUUUAUCUCCAGCCUUUCACUGAUGUUACCUUGUUCUUUUAAACAGUAGGUGCUGAGGGUCAUCAUACAGGUGAAAAAGGAGUAAAUUUCCUUGGAAAAUAACUUCUCUGCUGAAAUCUAAUGGUGUUUUUUUUUGAUAGGAGACAUCUAGUAG